AUGUCGUUGGCUUCGUCGGGUGUGGCGAAUGCGCAGCAGCAGAUUCUCGCCAGCCUCUCGCUGGCGGGACAGGAGGCGGUGCUGUUCGCCACAUUGCAGCGCGAUCUCGCGUUGGACCAGCGCACAGCGGCAGACGCACUGCGAAGCCUCAUGGAGGCGGGGAAGGUGGUGUUGCGUCGCGGCAACAACGACGGCAGCGUGUACGUUGCGCUCACGAACACAAUGCCGGAGGGGCCGUCGCUUGUCCUCGAUGCGAUACGAGCCAGCGGAAACAGCGGGAUUGAUCAGCCCACACUGUGCAGCAAGGUUCGCCUUCCUAAGAGUGAAAUUAUAAAGUCACUUCAGCUUCUUGUGGCGCAGAAGCGCAUCAAGGAGCGGCGCUGCUUCUCCAACCGCGCCAAGCGCAUCUACCUGCUCUUUGAGUUCGAGCCCAGUGAUGAGGUGACAGGCGGAACAUUCUACGGCGGCGAGGACUCCCGCGAGAUGGAUGUGUGGUUCGUCGACGAGAUGCGGAGACGCGUUGUGGCGCUCGUGGCGCAGCGCCACUCUGUCUCGCUGGAGCAAAUCGCGCAGCACCUGCAGGAAUCCUACAGCAGCAGCAGCGGUGCUGGGGCGGAUGCGGCCGCCGGUGGAAGUGGCGGUGGAGGCGGCGGCAUCGUCGUCGUGACGGCGCU